UUCUCUCUUCUCAUAUUGUGAACGAGGGCAAAUGAACGUGCUGAUCGGUCAAGCUCGCGGACAGCCCGGUAGCAUCGAUUGACGUCAUCGACAGGCGGCCAAGAUGGUUGUCAAUGUUGAUAAGUGGUUUGGUUAUACGGUAGAUCGGUAACAAUAAACGACUGGGACAGGGAUAUUAAGAGUAGUCGGCGUUAUGCCUGUCAAGUGAAAGCCCAUACCGAUGAAAAUCCACGCAUUAGGUUGGCCGUUGCGCGAGGAAUGGCAGCCUAUGGAAAUGUGGAGAAAAUACGACGUGCUAUGGACGUCGCACAAACUAUGAUUAAUUUGGCCGCUGAUCAGCUUGACGAUUUGCGGUCUCAGUGCUCCGUUAAUGCUCCGCUCACUCAGAAAGAAAUACGGCAAAUGGAGGCAAAAUUAAUAAAAUUAUACUCCAAGCAACUUGCGGCAAAGGCUAAAUUGGCCGAUUCAUUACCAUCAGACAUGAUACAAUAUCCAUUGUUAGAACAAUGGUUGAGGGUAGUUGGUCUUACUGAGGACUCAAUACAGAUGGUUUGUUCUAAAGUUAAUACUAUUGAGGCCCUGAAGGAGAAGUCUGAACUUGAAUUAAAGGGUAUGUUAAAUAAAAAUUGUAUAUACUACAAGGAAGAAUGUCGUAGGCUUUGUAAAGCAUUGGACAUUCUAUGGCAAUACACUGAUAUUCUGAUAAGAGGAGGUACGGAAAAAAAUGAUUCAGAUUUAUACUGGGACUCUUGGGACAGUUUACGCAAGGAAAUUUGUCCUAAGCCAAUUCUCUCUCGUACUACGCGGUGUUCCAUUCCAUCAGAGAGUAGCAUUCCAUAUCAUAAUAACAACAAUGAUGUAUUAAUACCAGCUUCUGCAAUAUCAACUUCUUUUUCAAUAUCAAGUAAUCCUCCCUGUAUCUCAUUACCAAAGAGAGAGCUAGAAUAUGAAGUUAAACCUCUGCCUCCAGAAGUUAAAACACCUCCUCCAUGUAGAAAACAUUUGAUUAGUGUACAAAAGAGACCAUUACAAUCUGAAGUGCUUCCGUUAGCUAAGUCAAAAUCUCAUGAAUCACAAUUGGCAAAUCGUCGUCUUGCUAACAUAAUACAAUCAUUUGAUAAUGAUGAUAUAUCAUUUAGUUUUAGAAAUAAUUCUUCUGUAGAGAAAAACAACGAUUCUCCUAUAAGAAGAAAUCUACCAGCAGAACAAAAUUUAGAUUGUGGUACAACAGACUCUGGAAAAGAAGAAAGUCCCUUAUCAAGCAACAGUAGUCCUAUUAAAUCACCCAUUAAAUCACCUCUCUCUAUUAAAUCACCUGUUGAAUUACCUAUUGAAUUACCUUUCAAUCAUCUUAAAUCAUCUAUUAAAUCACCUAUAAAAUCACCUGUUAAAUCACCUGUUAAGUCAUUUGUUCGAUCACAUUUUAAAUCACCACCACCACCUCCAAUCUGUACCACAAAUCCAGAAAGUGAUGAUAAUCUUGAGGGAACAGGAACGAGUCUCCAAGUGCCAAACUCUCCAUCUACUCCUGGUUCAUCUCGCGGCAUGAGUCAUGCAAUUACUCAUCGAUUUACCAAAUGUUUUAAUAUGAUGACAGUAUGUGACUAUUGUGAGAGACCAGUGUUUGUGAAUACUUUAAGAUGCAAGGAAUGUAAAUAUAGGUGUCACCCAGAAUGUCUGUCCAAAGUACCCUCUUCUUGUGGCAUACCUCGAAAAUUUGUUGCUGCGUUUAAACGAUCUAUACAAUCUUUACAACAUUCGUUGAAUGUUUCCCCAGUAUUAAAGAGGACUGGCAUGACAUCUUCGAAUAAUGUAGACUUAUUACCCCCUUUAAAUCGCAAAGACAGGAGACGGUCAUACACACAAUCUUCUACGAAUAUACCUGUUCAUGGCGAUUCUAAUUUAAAUACAUUCAGCCAUAACCGCUCAACACCUUCUAGUCCAGCAUUGCUAUCAACCACUGUUAGCCACAGUACACAUUCGUUUUUAAAACAGUUUCAUUUUCCAGAUGUAAUGAUAAAAAAGGAGGCAUUAUCAGGAAAAUUACAUGAGAAGAGAUACAAAUCUGAAUCAGCGAUUUCAAAUGAUAAUAGAAGGAAAACUGAUAUGGAUGAUACUUCAGAUUCAGAGGUAUCAAAAAGAGUUGAUUCUCAGGAAUCUUUAAGUUCUGACAGCGAAAUAGUUGAAAAUCCAUGUCGUUGGCCUCGACAAAAUAGCGUAUUGAUGCAAGAGUGGGACAUUUUAUAUAGUGAAUUAAAAGUUAGAAAUUUGAUUGGAAAAGGAAGAUUUGCUACAGUGCAUAGAGGUUUUUGGCAUGGGGAUACUGCAAUUAAAAUUUUAAAUAUGAGUUAUUAUUCAGAAGAUGAAAAGACAUUAGAAACAUUUAGAUUAGAGGUCGCCACAUACCGAAUAGCUCGACACGACAAUAUAAUAUUAUUUUUGGGAGUUUGUACGAAACCUCCUCAAUUGGCUCUAGUGACUAGUUUGUCUAGAGGCAUAUCACUUUAUACUUGUCUUCAUAUACGAAAAGACAGAUUUACUUUGUCUGAAAUUAAUUCUAUAGCUCAACAGAUAUGUCAGGUAAAUAUGAAAAUCAUAUAUAAAUAUUACGUAAACAUUUUUAAAAUAACAUUAAUUUUCAAAAAAAAAUUUUUUAAUUAUUUUGGACUAGACAAGGUGUUUCUUAUAAAUUUUUGGAUGCUGAAAGGAGAACCAUUGAAUAUACCACCAGGUUGGUUAUGUUACUUAGCACCUGAGAUUGUUCGACGAUUAAAACCAUUAAAUCGGGGUCAGGACAAGUUACCAUAUUCAAUUGAGUCUGAUGUAUAUGCAUUUGGGACUAUUUGGUAUGAAUUAUUGUGUGGUGAAUGGCCUUUUAGAGGUCAACCUACUGAAGCUAUUAUUUGGCAAGUUGGAAAAGGAAUGAAACAAUCUUUAUCAUAUUUACAAGCUUCCCGUGAUGUGAAGGAUGUUCUAAUGUAUUGCUGGUCAUACCAUGCAAAGAGACGUCUUGAUUUUAUAGAGAUAAUAAUCUUACUUAAAAGGCUGUCUCGCAAAAAAUUAGCGCGUAGUUCUUCUAAUCCUACAAAUUGUACUCGUUCUGCAGAAUCUAUGUUUUGAAUACAUUUAUGUUUAUUUAAA